UAGAUAUAGACAUACAGUCGAGACUCGAGAAUGCACAAGGAGACUUUUGCAGAGCACGUAGUUUCCUGUCUGUGAUCAAACCAUAACAAAAUGCAGAGCUUUCUUUGCAAAUUGGUCGGAAAUCACAGCCACCGCCACCACCACAACCUCUCCGGCACUCUCCACCGCAACAUAUUGCACUCUCUCUCAAAACCUCCUCUUUCUUCACAACCACAACAACAACUCGUACUUCAACUACGCAACCGCAUUCCCACUACCUCUUUCUUCGCUACUCUCCCACUUCACCAUUCUCACUCAUGCCGCUCCUUUCUUACCCAAAUUCGAGGGUUUCUCUCCAACCCGCUUCUUGCCUCCAAUUUCCGCAGAUUCUCCAACAGAAACCAGCUCCUCAAUUUCAGGUCCAAGCUCCCCACACCUCAAUUUCACCGCCGCAGCUUCGGCUUCAACCAAUCUCCUGAUCUUUACCGUGGCUGGAGAUCAUGGUUCAACAGGCUAACACCUAAUGAUAUGGUUCUAGGAUUGAUUAUAGCUAAUGUUGCUGUUUUUUUAUUAUGGAGGAUAGGAGAUAAAAAGUUUAUGAUAAAUAACUUUACUAUCUCCCUGGACAAUUUCAAGAGUGGACGUUUCCACACUUUGAUAACCAAUGCAUUCAGUCACAUAGAAUUUGGGCAUCUGUUUUCCAAUAUGAUUGGACUCUACUUCUUUGGAUUGAAUGUUGCAGGAAAUUUUGGCCCUGCAUAUUUGCUGAAGCUAUAUCUUACUGGGGCAGUUGGUGGUUCCAUUUUUUACUUGGUGCAUAAAGCCUAUAAGUCACAAACAUCAAAGGACUGGGGAUUUAUGAAGCAUUCAAGGGAUAUAGCAUUGGGGGCAAGUGCAGCUGUAAAUGCAAUUGUGCUGCUUGAUAUAUUCCUCUUUCCCAAAGCAACCAUUUACUUGAACUUCCUUAUACCAGUUCCUGCAAUCCUAUUGGGCGCACUCUAUAUCGGAAAAGAUAUGCUAAUCAUGUUCCAGGGAGACAGUUACGUAGCAGGAUCUGCACAUUUGGGGGGUGCUGUAGUUGCAGCCAUUGCUUGGGCAAGAAUUCGAAAAGGCAUAUUCUAAUUUUAUUAAAAGAACUUUUUUUCUCUCCUUAAUUGAUGUUGAUGUUGAUGUUGAUGUUAGGGGAAGUAAUGUUAUUAUUGUGCUAAUUGUGAGUUGCUAACUGGAGCAAGUGCAAGUGCCUCACAAGCAGCUUAUCGGUUAAAAAAUGUGUUGGUGCUUUUGCAUGAUAAUGAUAUACUUAAUAUUUUAGUCUCAUUAUAAUAUAAAAAUGAAAUGUAUUCAUUUAUUUGGAUACAACUAAA